UGUGCAGCGCCACAUCCUGAAGACGCGACAGAAGUCACGUGACGUUCGCUCAGCUGACAUCCUUGGCGCUGAGGAAGACGACUGACAGCAUUAUGAUAACAUUUCUCGAAAAACUACCAUCUGAAGAAUGUCCUAAACUCAUACACCGGGUGGUGGAUGGGGUGUGCGGCCGAAGUGUUCCGAGGCGAACAGAUUACGGUGAACGGUGGAGUCUGACAGAAUGGGUGGAGUUAAUGAACACUCUCUCCUCUUUUAUCCGCUUUGCUGUAGGAAGGGGCUGUUCAGAUCAAGAGAUCCAGGAGCUGCUGAGUGAUUUGGACACGGCACAUGCUGAGGCUGUUCUCCAGUGUGUGCGCUCCAGGUUUGAUGAGAUCAGACAUGCUUUGGUUGACAGAACCAAUGGCAUCUCAAGCACACAGCUUCAGGACUUCAACUGGCAGUUAAAGCUGGCAUUAUCCAGCGACAAGCUGUCAGCUUUAAACACUCCUCUGCUAAAUCUCAGUCUGGACCUGAAGGAGAAUGGAAUUCAGAGAAUGGUGAAUAUAGAAAUGAACAAAGAGGAGCUGCAAACUCUCAUCAGUGCACUAGAGGCUGCUAAUAAGGUUGUGUUGCAGAUGAAAUGAAGAUACCA